AUUUACUGCACUAGCUCGAUUUGUAUUGUGUACAUUCGAUAAUUCUACACAAUACAUCUCAUAUCUCUGUGAUGUUUGUCUUUGAUCAUUGAUGGUUCAGUGACUCUCAUUAUGGUUGACAGCCUCAUAUCUCGUCUCAACAGCUUUUUUCUGUAUUUUAUAUUAAUUGACAUUCAAUGUCACAUUCAAUUAGUCAAUGAUCCAAUGGAAUCUCUUACAGAAGUAAUUGAACACCAACCAGAUCUCGCCAUGUCAGACACGGUCCCCCUUGAACAGAGGUACAAGGCCAGCAUGGUCCUAAGUGGAGUAGGAGAUGCCCUGGGCUACAACCAUGGUAUCUGGGAAUUUGAAACGGAUGGCAUGUUAAUACAUGAGGAAGUUCAGAAGAGAGGAGGUCUAGAGAAGCUGGAUGCCAUAGACUUCCCUGUUAGUGAUGACACCGUCAUGCACCUGGCUACAGCUGAUGCUCUGGUCAAGGUAGGGGAGGGGGAAGGGGCGUCCCUCCCUGUGCUGUAUCGAGCCCUGGUGGAGAAGUACAUUGUAAGCAUGACAGACAUGGGUGGAAGAGCAGCAGGCAUCACCUGCAUCGACAGCGUUGCAAGGCACAGACAGAGAACUGACAAGGACAUUAAGAUUCCCUUCAACAAGAGGGGCGGAGGGUGUGGGGCAGCCAUGAGGGCCAUGUGUAUCGGCCUGCGCUUCCCUGACCCUGAGCAGGAGCACCUGCUGAUAGCAGUAAGUGUGGAGAGUGGACGUCUGACCCACCACCACCCCACAGGCUACCUGGGAGCCCUGGCUGCAGCCCUGUUCACGGCCUACGCAGUGAGGGGCACCAUGCCCGUGGAGGCCUGGGGACACAGACUCAUGGAGGUCCUGGACAAAGCCAAGGAGUACGUCAGGCGUUCAGGCAAUUGUGUGGAGCUGAACAUGGAGCACUGGGCCUACUUUGGAAUUCAGUGGAAAUCCUAUUUAGAAAAGAGAGGCAUUCUGGAUGGAAAGAGCAAACCUCAGUUCCCAGAGUCCUACGGAGUGAAGGAGAGGGAGAGUUUCUAUAGGGCGGUGAGCUUCAAUGGUAUGGGUGGCGCCAGUGGGCAUGAUGCUCCCAUGAUAGCUUACGAUGCCCUCCUGAGGGCAGGCGACUCCUGGGUUGAGCUGGCCAAUCAUGCCUUCUUCCACGGCGGGGACAGCGACUCCACGGCUGUGAUCGCUGCUGCCUGGUGGGGCGCACUGUUCGGCUUCAGAGGGGUGCCAGAGAUCAACUACCAGAGGCUUGAGUACCGUGACAGGCUAUCCAAACUAGGGCAACGGCUAUACGAGCUCAGGGGAAAACCUCUUGGAACUGAGAAAGAAUGAUGUAAAUUAAACCAAUAGAUGGUUAAAGGUGAAAUUCAUUACAUAUCCUGCAGAUGAUCAGUAAUUUCUCCUUUUUUAACACUAAUUUUGCAUCCCUUGGUUUUUUAUUACAUAUUUUUAAAGAAUAUGACUGGAUAUGGAAAGAUUUAUAGAGUAUUUAUGAUCUCAAACUGCAGUCUACCUACUGACUAGGAGAUGGAGCCAUACGCAGCUGCAGAAUUUGCUCUAUAAUCACAAACGUUUUCUUUAAUGGCAACGGAAAAUGUUUAAUUUCUAGCCUAUAAUCAAUCCUUCACUAACAUACUUUACUGCUACAGUUGUUGUGCUAUUAUUGUAGCACAUUAGCGACGGCAGAGUGUAAAAACGGAUUGCUUUACUUCAGAUUAGAUUGACAUUAUUGUGUACAUCUUCAAAAUGAAGACUACAAGUACGGUGGAGACCAGAGGGUGGCAAUGUAACUUAACAAAUCACUCUUGAAACUCCCUCCUCUCUCUCUCUUUCUCUCUCCAUCUCUCUCUCAAUUCAAUUUCAAUAUAAGGUCUUUAUUGGCAUGGAAAACAUAUGUUUACAUUGCCAAAGCAAGUGAAAUAGAUAAUAAACAAUUAAAAUGAACAGUUAACAUUACACUCACAAAAGUUCAGAUGUCAUAUUAUGUCUAUAUACAGUGUUGCAACGAUGUGCAACUAGUUAAAGUACAAAAGGGAAAAUAAAUAAAUCAUAUUUACAAUGGUGUUUGUUCUCCCUCUCUCUCUCUUUUUCUUUGUCUUUCUCUCUCUCGCUCUCUCUCUCCCGCCGCCCUCCCUCCCUCCCAGAAAAACCUGCUGUUCUCUUUUCUGAAGCUUGGUUUUCCAGUGAUGCCUGUUUAACAGUGUGGCUUCUAUCCCAUACCAGCUUGUUAUAUGAAAGUGGUUGCAACCAUCACUGUAGAAAAUUAUGAACAAUUUAAAAGUGUCUGGCUCAGUCUUUGAUAUCCUUAAAGUAAUUUUUCCUAUCUGCUGAUAAGUUAAGAUAGGGCAAUUCCACUCUAGAUUGUUCUGGUAGUUCUCACAUAGGAACUUCAUUGGAUAUUUACAGAGGAGUGGCCAUUUAAGGCCCUUUUUAGACCUAUUCAUGCCUCCUGCAAGACCCUAUGAUCUGUGAACUGUACAUGAUACAGACACAUCUUGUGUCAUUAUACUCCAUAUAGUGUUCCCUCAAAUAUGGAGUACUGUAUGUCUAGAUUCUGAAAUACAAAUGUUCACAUUCAUUUAUUCAAUAUAAAAAAUAUGAGUAUCUCAAAACGACCCUUUUUGAUUUAGCUUAUUUUUAGACAUAUUGUUUGUAAUGUAACAUUUCCAGAGUGGGCUCUCUGGUACUUUUAAUGAAAUUACCCAUUGUUUACGUUAUAGGUCAUUAUCCAAUUACAGCCCCCCUUUAGGAUUUCACAUUCACCAAGUCACCAGCAGAGGGAGUUCUCUUUAAAUCCAUUUUCCUAUUCACUGUGUUGGUGCUGGUCGUAAAAUUGACCACACCUUCACUCUGGAAAUGUGAAGUACUUGCUGAGUAAGUUGUUCCAAACAGUAUGGUCUUAAAAUGAACGGUAACAUUUUACUUGACACCUAGCAUCAUAACACGUCAUGACAUGGUCAUAAUCAUGUCAUAUUAUAUUGGUAUUUUUGGUAUUUUAUUAGGAUUCCCAUUAGCUGUUGCAAAAGCUACUCUUCCCGGGGUCCACACAAAACAUGAAACAUGACAUAAUACAGAACAUUAAAAGACAAGAACAGCUCAAGGACAGAACUACAUAAUUUAAAAACAGCCUACAUAUCAAUACAUACACACAAACUAUCUAGGUCAAAUAGGGGAGAGGCGUUGUGGCGCUGAGGUGUUGCUUUAAUUGUUUUUGGAAACCAGGUUUGCUGUUUAUUUGAGCAAUAUGAGAUGGAAGGAAGUUCCAUGCAAUAAAGGCUCUAUAUAACA